GUCAAACACAAGCCGAGAACAGGAAAUCAGGAAUAUAAAUUAGAUACUUACCCAUUUUAAACGAAAAGGUAAAUACACCGAAGCUAAUUUAAACACUGUAGUGUAUAUUUUCCAUUAAAAGUCAAUCAAGAAUUCAGCGCCUUCUUUGUUACGUGUCACUCAAAUUAUCAGGAUAAAUUAUGACUGAAAACAAACCAGAUCAGAAUAAUAUGAGGCCUGGCUUCUGCUCAGCCACUUGUGUCGAUAAGGCGUCGCUCCACAAAGAAAUAAAGAAACCUGAACCCAAGACUUCUGAUUAUUUUGAAACUUGCAACCUCCCUAAGAGAUUCGAGCAUCCGCAUUGGUUUAACGGUUACGGAUGUCAAGUUAGCAAGCAACACCCAUUCUACAGGACCUCUGCGAGCGUCUAUGGCUGGUAUCCACCAGGUAAGAUCGUUGUUGUACUUAUUUAUUGUUGCAUUAACUGUUUUACCGUGACUUUCUCAUCUAAAUUGUAGACUAUAUCACCCGCAGAUGAUGUAGCUUCCCGUAGAUGAAUGAAUUUUAUGAUUUCAUUAGUAUUUCCGAAGAUUACCCUCUUACAAAAAAACAAAGUUGGAAACUUUACCUCUUUAUAAUAUUAGUAUAGAUUAGGUUUGUAAUUAUAAUAAGAGCAAUUUGUAUCGAUUCUUCUUGUUUUUCAUUUUGAUUUUGGGUGAUGAUAAUAAAUCAAAUGUAAACUACACACGGCUGCACGUCAAACUAUAUAUUGUGUAAUUUGUAGCGAUCACGUUUUGUAUAGAAUACUUCCCUACUAACAGAGGUUUGCUUACGGUGGUGGUGAGUAGCGUGACGUGCGGUCGUGCGUACAAUAUGUAUAAGGAGAAAAGAUUUAACUAUUUGCUUGCAUUGAAUAUACUCCAAAAUUACUGUAGCUAUUUUAAAAAUGGUUUCACCUAUUGGAAACUACUUUGUACACGGGUGACGUAGGCUAUAACUGACAUAGGCGAAAUAAUUGGAAUUAUUAUAUAAAGAUGUAGCAGUAACCGUAGCCU